UAUCAGAUUAUUGAUAUUGAUCUUCAGGUCAUCGUGCAGGAGGCUAGCUUAGCAUGGAUACUCCGGUUGUCGGCCAGCGACGGUCCUACGCUGGAGACCUGUGUACCGUCCGCUAUGUGGGCGCAGUAGAGGGUACGACCGGGGAAUGGCUGGGCGUCGAAUGGGAUGAUCCGACCCGCGGAAAGCACUCGGGCGAGCACAAGGGAGUCCGCUAUUUUACUUGUCAGCGCCAACACCCCACGGCAGGGUCAUUCGUGCGCCCGUCGCGCCCCGCCGACAAGCCGCGCGGGUUCGUAGAGGCCCUGCGCGAGAAGUACGCUUCCGAGUACUUGGAGCACGAGCGUGCGCGGCAGCGGGCUGACGAUGCGAUCUUGCAUAAGCCGAUUGAGUUCAACAGCAAGGUCGUCGAGGAGGUCGGCUUCGACAAGAUCCGCAGGCAGCUGGCUGAGCUCCAGGAGCUGAAAAUCGUCCUGCUGGACGGCUUGCAUGUGGCCGGGGUGCUCGGGCACCUGGCUACUCCGGAGGAAGUUGAGGCUGCGUAUGAUGAGAUCGAGCGGACUUGCCCUAAGAUCACGGAGCUAGAUCUGAGUCGUAACCUGCUGACCUCCUGGCGCGACGUCGCGAGGAUCUGCGAGCGGCUCAAGCUGCUCAAGUCGUUGAAGCUGGGUGGCAACCGAUUCGGUCCCGUCGAGCAGGGGCUCGGAUUCGCCAAGAUCACCGAGCUCUACCUCGACGACACGCUGCUCCCCUGGGACGACAUCUCGGCCAUCGCCCACCAGUUCCCGUCCCUAGCCGUGCUCUCCGCGUCCGCGAACCAGCUCACGAGCAUCACCUCCCCACUACCCCCGACCAUCACACGCCUGACUCUCGAAAACAACACUUUCACCUCGCUCUCCGCCCUCCGCCCACUAACCACCCUGCCCAGACUCGAACACCUCUCUCUCCGCUCCAACAACAUCAGCACCAUCACCGACAACGACAACAACGACACCACCCCGCUCCUCUUCCCGCCAACCCUAACCUCCAUCGACCUCUCCCGCAACCGCAUCCCAAACUGGCUCUUCGUCAACGAGCUCGCAGCCGCCAUCCCAUCACUACACACGCUCCGCAUCUCCGGCAACCCAGUCUUCGACGGCCCCGUCGCACCCAAAGCCGUGACCGGCCUACCCGAGAAACCCAUGACCGUCGACGAGGCGUACAUGCUGACACUGGCGCGUCUCUCCGGCCUCCGCGUCCUGAACUACGGCACCGUCACCGACAAAGACCGCAUCAACGGCGAGUUGUACUACCUCUCCCUCAUCGGGAAGGAGCUCUCCGCUACCCCCGAGGCUGCGGAGCCGGAGAUCCUGGCUAAGCAUCCGCGGUACGCGGAGCUGUGCGAGCUGCAUGGCCAGCCGGUGGUGACGCGGGCGAGCGAGGAGGAGGCCAGUGCUCUGGGGCGCACGGCGGUGAAUCCCCGGUCUGUGGCUGCGCGGUUGGUGAGGGUUGUGUUUUGUUUAAGGGGGAGCGCGGAUGGGAACGUUGGGGGGGAGGUUGGGGGGAAGGGAGAUGUGGUCAAGACGAAGGAGAUCCCGAGGUCCUUCGAUCCGUAUCAGGUUAAGGCGAUCGCGGGACGGUUGUUUGCGCUUCCUGCGUACACGCUGCGGCUGGUCUGGGAGACGGAUGAGUUGGAUCCUGUGAGUAGGGAGCGGAUGGAGGAUGAGGAGUGGGAUAGUGAGGGAGACGGGGACUUGGAGGCGGGUGAGCCUACCCGGGAUGUUGAUGACGGGGAUCGAUUUGUCAGGAGAGAGGUGGAGUUGGUCGAUUCCACCAAGGAUAUCGGGUUUUGGUUCCAGGCUGAUGUUGCGGAGGUGAGGGUCAGGGUUGAGGUGGUGGAUUCGAGGUGAGGGCUGUCAGGGCCACGCUACACUACACUACACUACACUACACUACAGGGAUAGAAGUCUGAUGAGUGGGUUGUUAUUUAUG